AUGUGCAGAUUUAUUUUUUAUCUAAGUUUAUGCGUUUCUCUUAUCGAUUGUGUCGAAUGGUCGCUCUCCAUUCUACGUGACAUUGGCGAAGUAAUCUGUCCUCAACUGGCACGCUUUGAAGCCAUUAACAAGAUAAUUCAGUUGGAUUAUGACAGUGACAGGAAUAGAGAUUGUGACUCCUCCUGCGCAGAUAGUUUAGUCGUAGCUGAAAUCAUUACCGCCCUCAGAGAGCAUUGGGAUGAAGCUAAUGCUCGCGUUCUACAGCGUAAAGCACAGCUUGAUGCUAUGCUGGGCGAUUCUCAGCGAUACGAAGCGAGACGGCGCGAUGCAGACGCGUGGCUAUCCCGUAUGGAAACCAGGCUAGCUGGUAUGACACCCCCAGGCCAUACAGCUGAUGUCCUUGAAAUGCAGCUGAGAGAGCAAAAGUCAUUCCACGCUGAAGUACACCAAUAUAAGCAUCAGAUCGAACUUUUCGGUCAACUCACGCAACGCCUGAUCGCCGUAUAUCGUAAUGAUGAUACCACCCGCAUCAAACGCGCCACUGAGUCCAUCAACCAUCGGUACAACGAAUUGAAUAACAGUAUCAUCGCUCGUGGAAAAGCGCUACAUUCCGCAGUUUCAUCGCUGCAAAACUUCGAUCGUUCUUUGGAGAAGUUCGUGGCUUGGCUAAGUGAAGCGGAGUCAUUGCUGGACGCGGCAGAGAGAGAUCCUCAUCUGUUAAAGAGGUCAGUCGCCAAGGAUUUAACUUUACCGUUUCAUUUAAAACUACAUUUAACUCUUAAUCAUGCUCUCCACGAACUGCCCUUCUGUAACGCGGAUUCAUUAAUCGUUGGUUUGCUU